AUGGCGGGAGCAUCAGUGAAGGUCGCAGUCAGAGUGCGGCCAUUCAACUCACGUGAAAUUGGAAAAGAUUCAAAAUGCAUCAUCCAGAUGUCUGGAAACACAACCACAAUUAUCAACCCCAAACAGCCAAAAGAAUCUCCGAAAUGCUUCAGUUUUGACUACUCGUACUGGUCCCAUACUUCCGAUGAGGACAGUCAGUUCGCCGGGCAACAACAGGUCUACCGUGACAUUGGGGAGGAGAUGUUACUCCAUGCCUUUGAAGGAUACAAUGUGUGUAUUUUCGCCUAUGGACAGACUGGAGCUGGUAAAUCUUAUACCAUGAUGGGCAAACAGGAGCCAAACCAACAAGGAAUCAUACCCCAGCUUUGUGAAGACCUCUUUUCACGGAUCAGUGACACGACAAAUGACAACAUGUCUUAUUCUGUGGAGGUCAGUUAUAUGGAGAUAUACUGUGAGCGUGUCAGAGACCUCUUAAAUCCAAAGAAUAAGGGGAAUCUUCGUGUCCGUGAGCACCCACUCCUAGGACCUUAUGUGGAAGACUUGUCAAAGUUGGCUGUCACCUCCUACCAAGACAUUCAAUAUCUAAUGGACUCAGGCAAUAAAGCCAGAACUGUUGCUGCCACAAACAUGAACGAGACAAGCAGUCGCUCCCAUGCUGUCUUUAACAUAAUCUUCACCCAACGUAGAAAUGACGCUGACACCGAGACCAGCACAGAGAAGGUUAGCAAAAUUAGCCUUGUGGACCUUGCGGGAAGUGAAAGAGCAGAUUCCACAGGAGCCAAAGGGACAAGAUUGAAGGAAGGAGCAAACAUAAAUAAGUCUCUCACAACCUUGGGGAAGGUGAUUUCUGGACUUGCUGAAAUGGAUUCUGGUAACAAUAAGAACAAGAAAAAGAAGAAGACAGACUUUAUUCCAUAUCGAGAUUCUGUACUCACAUGGCUUCUAAGAGAGAACUUGGGUGGAAACUCUCGCACUGCUAUGGUUGCUGCUCUGAGUCCUGCAGAUAUUAACUAUGAUGAGACCCUUAGUACACUGCGAUAUGCUGACCGUGCCAAACAGAUCCGAUGCAAUGCUGUUAUCAAUGAAGAUCCAAAUAAUCGUCUGAUCCGUGAACUUAAGGAUGAGGUGGCACGUCUGAGAGAGCUGCUGGGAGCCCAGGGGCUGUCUGACAUUAUUGACAAUGUGUGUCCUGUGGACAACGCCAAUGUCCUACACACGCGUCAUGCUCCUGACAAUCUCUUCACAGCAGUGAAUGCCCUAACGGGUAUGAGUCCUUCAUCCUCUAUGUCUGGUUUGUCCAGUCGAGCUGCAUCUGUCUGCAGCCUACAUGAGCGCCUUGCAUUCACACCUGGAAGUGAAGAGGCUAUCGAGAGGCUCAAGGAAACAGAGAAAAUUAUUGCUGAGCUCAAUGAGACGUGGGAAGAGAAGCUGCGGCGCACAGAGGCUAUACGUAUGGACAGAGAGGCCUUACUGGCAGAGAUGGGGGUUGCCAUGAGAGAGGAUGGAGGAACACUUGGAGUGUUUUCACCAAAAAAGACUCCUCACCUUGUAAAUCUCAAUGAAGAUCCUCUGAUGUCGGAAUGUCUAUUAUAUUACAUUAAAGAUGGAAUUACAAGAGUUGGACGUUUGGAUAUAGAGAGGAGACAGGACAUUGUCCUCAGUGGACAUUUUAUUCGUGAUGAGCACUGUAUUUUCCGGAGUGAUAUCAUGCCUUGCGGGUCAGUUGCAGUGACACUUGAGCCCUGUGAAGGGGCUUGCACAUACGUAAAUGGGAAGAAAGUGACAGAGCCGUGUGUGCUGAGAUCAGGUAACCGAAUCAUUAUGGGAAAGAGUCAUGUAUUUCGCUUUAACCACCCUGAACAAGCCCGACAAGAGAGGGAACGUACUCCAUGUGCAGAGACUCCCGUAGAACCUGUGGACUGGGCAUUUGCCCAGCGGGAGUUACUUGAGAAGCAAGGUAUUGACAUGAAGCAGGAGAUGGAACAAAGACUUCAGGAACUGGAAGAUCAGUACAGAAAAGAACGCGAGGAAGCAAAUUACCUGCUGGAGCAGCAGAGAUUGGAUUAUGAAAGUCGUCUAGAAGCUCUGCAAAGACAGAUGGAUUCCAGAUAUUAUACCGAGGUCAAUGAGGAGGAGGAAGAACCUGAGGAUGAUGUUCAGUGGACGGAUCAGGAGUAUGAUUUGGCUCUGUGGGCUUUUCGAAAAUGGAAAUGGUACCAAUUCACAUCACUGCGUGACCAGCUCUGGGGCAACGCCAUCUUCCUGAAGGAGGCCAAUGCAAUCAGCGUGGAACUGAAAAAGAAGGUUCAGUUCCAAUUUGUGCUGCUGACAGAUACUCUGUAUUCACCACUACCACCCGACCUGUUGCCUCCUGAUGCCCACUCAGAACGUGAGAAACGUCCCUUCCCAAAAACCAUUGUGGCAGUGGAAGUUCAAGACCAGAAGAAUGGUGCAACUCACUACUGGACCCUGGAAAAACUCAGGCAACGACUGGACAUGAUGCGUGAGAUGUAUGACCGUGCAGCUGAGCUUCCAUCUGGUCUGACUGAAGACUGUGAUAAUGUGGUGACCGGAGGAGAUCCAUUUUAUGAUCGGUUCCCUUGGUUCCGUUUAGUGGGCAGGGCCUUUGUCUACCUGAGCAACUUGCUGUACUCUGUGCCUCUGGUUCAUCGAGUCGCUAUUGUCAGUGAAAAAGGAGAGGUGAAAGGAUUCCUUCGAGUUGCUGUUCAGGCCAUUUCCGCGGAUGAGGAAGCUCCUGACUAUGGCUCUGGAGUUCGGCAGUGUGGAACAGCCAAAAUCUCAUUUGAUGAUCAACAUUUCCAAAAGUUCCAGGCCGAGUCCUGUACUGGAAUGACUCGCUCAGGCACAUCUCAGGAGGAGCUGAGAAUAGUGGAAGGGGGACAAGGUCAAAACCCAGAUUCUGGUCCAAGUGCAGAUGAGGUCAACAACAAUACUUGUGCAGCUUCUCAUCAGGCUGCUCUCCUUGACAGCCCAAUAAAAGCUUCCCUUGACCUCACAGAUGGAGGCGGACACCCUCUAAAACUGGGCUCCAUCUUUACAUUCAGAGUGACCGUCCUGCAAGCAUCUAGCAUCCCUCCGGAAUAUGCUGACAUAUUUUGCCAGUUCAACUUCAUCCACCGCCAUGAUGAGGCAUUUUCUACUGAACCUUUAAAGAACACUGGUCGUGGACCACCCCUUGGUUUCUACCAUGUUCAAAACAUUGCAGUGGAGGUUACACAGUCCUUUGUGGAGUAUGUGAAGACUCAGCCCAUAGUAUUUGAGGUGUUUGGACAUUACCAGCAACACCCAUUCCCUCCAUUGUGCAAAGAUGUCCUGAGCCCCCUGCGUUCCUCCAGACGUCUCCUCCCCAGGGUCAUGCCAUUGUCCAAACCAGUUCCAGCCACAAAGUUAACAAGGCAGUGUGUUCCCAGUACUGGUCAGUGCCACUGCAAGUAUGACUUGAUGGCGUUCUUCCAAAUCUGUGAGCUGGAAGCAAAUGGAGACUACAUACCUGUGGCAGUAGAUCAUGGCACUGGUUUACCCUGUCAUGGCACCUUCCUUCUCCAUCAGGGCAUUCAAAGACGCAUAUCCAUCACUCUUGUUCAUGAAGCGGGGGCAGAGCUGAAAUGGCUGGAGGUGCGGGAACUUGUAGUUGGAAGGAUCCGGAAUACACCAGAGGCUGACGAGUCUCUAAUUGACCCCAACAUCUUGUCCUUGAACAUUCUAUCUGCAGGAUAUCGUCCUCCAGAAGGGGGUGACAGGCAGUUUCUUGACUCUGACACACCUAGGACAUUUUAUAACUUUGAAGUAGCAUGGGACAGUUCUAUGCACAACUCCCUCCUGCUGAACCGUGUGACUCCAUACAGAGAAAAGAUCUACAUGACAUUAUCUGCCUAUGUUGAGAUGGAGAACUGUACGCAACCUGCUGUCAUCACCAAAGACUUCUGCAUGGUCUUUUAUUCCCGGGAUGCCAAACUGCCUGCAUGUCGUUCCAUUCGUAACCUAUUUGGUACAGGCAGUCUCCGUGCUUCUGAGAGUAACCGUAUAACUGGAGUAUAUGAGCUCAGUCUUUGCCGGGUUGCAGAAGCCAGCAGUCCAGGGAUGCAGAGAAGACGUAGACGUGUACUAGAUACUUCUGUGGCCUAUGUGCGAGGUGAAGAGAACCUUGCCGGCUGGAGACCACGAAGUGACAGCUUGAUUCUUGAUCAUCAGUGGGAACUGGAGAAACUCAGCCUACUUCAGGAGGUUGAGAGGACUCGACAUUACCUAUUGCUACGUGAGAAACUGGAAGCCACACUCAGGGGAGCAGCUGACACCUUUACUCCUUCUCCUACUGAUGAGAUGCUUCCACUCAGCCCCACAUGUCAGCUGUUGCAGCCCCAAGACGAAGGCUCACCAAAAGUGGAGGAAAACCCUAUGGAAAUAGCUAGUGAAAGACAAAAAGAGCUGGCUGCCAAGUGUCUCCGUCUUCUCACCCAUACCUUCAACAGAGAAUACACUUAUAGUCAUGUGUGUGUAAGCACCAGUGAAAGCAAGCUGUCUGAGAUGUCAGUGACACUCCUACGGGACCCCUCUCUUUCUGGCCUGGGGGUCUCAACUCUUACACCCUCUAGUACCUGUCCCUCCCUGGUAGAAGGAAGAUACUGCAGCCCAGAGGCCAGCCCCCAACCACUCUCCCGUGCAUUUAGCCCAGAGAGGGAUCCUCCAAGCCCUCCAGGAGACCUGCAAAAGUCACCUACUGGUGGACUGAAGACUCCUCUCAGCUUGUUUAUUCCUGACAUACAAGAAAUACGGGUCAGCCCUAUUGUCUCUAAGAAGGGGUACCUGCACUUUCUUGAACCCCAUACAGGGGGCUGGGUUAAGAGGUAUGUGGUGGUUAGACGUCCAUAUGUCUACAUCUACAACAGUGAUCGGGAUCCAGUGGAGAGAGCCAUUUUGAACCUCUCACAGGCCCAGGUGGAGUACAGUGAGGAUCAACAGGCCAUGCUGAAGACUCCCAAUACCUUUGCUGUAUGCACACAACACCGCGGCAUUCUGCUGCAGGCCAGCAAUGAUAAGGACAUGCAUGAUUGGCUCUACGCCUUUAACCCACUUCUGGCUGGCUCCAUUCGGUCCAAACUGUCUCGACGCAGGACAGCCCAAAUGAGAAUUUAACGGGAUACCCUCACUCUUCUCUAUUUUUAUCAACUUGUUAAACCAUUAAAUCAUUCCUCCCAUAACCCGCACAUUACCACAACCCCCAUCCUCUAUACCCUGUGCUCACUUCUGCUCCCACUCAUUCCCUAGGGAAGUAUCUUCAGACUGUCCAGCUAUUGCUGAAAAAUAUCUCGUCAUCCUUGGAGUUAUCUCAAGAUAAGCUUUAGAUCUGGUGAAUCUAAAGCUGCCCACAACCGGUUUAGGGAAUCUUGAUGUGCUGCACUCCUAACUCUCUAUUUUCUCUAUCUUUCUUAGCUAUACUAUGAGCAGGGUGCAAUUUGGUUUGAUGUUUAUA